GUAAAUCUUGACGCAUUUCUCAAAGGUGAGUGGCGCGCAGCCAAGCCACCGGCUGAGACACAGGAGUUGGAAGGCUUUCAGAACCACACGGCGCAGCACUGUCAUGAGGGAUUGGUGAAGGUGACAGUUGGAGUCCUUGUUGAGAAGCUGACCUUCCUCGAGGGCAGUCACAUUUCCGUCUACGAUGGCCUCAAGGUCAUGCUGAAGCCUUCAAAGAACAUUGUCACGACCAAGUCUUUCGCCCCUAAGAAGCUUGUGCUGGUACCAACAACACUGAAGGUGGAGGUAAGGGAAGACCCUCCUGCAGGGUACGUCUCUGUCGGGCGUGUCGGGACAGACAUGAGCUUUUGCUUGGGCCCCAUGUUCGUGUUGCCCACCGAUGGCAAGACAGGCUUUGUCUCGCCGUUUUGGCUGGUGCGUCAAACACACAAGUCAGAUGAGGCAAAUGUCGAGUUGAGCACAGUGAUCGAUCCAACUGACAAGAACAGCAAAAUGUCAAUCCCAGUUCUUGUCAACCCCCAUGCGAUCGCAGAGGGCACGGUUUUGAUGCGGUAUGUUGCCAAGCCACCAGUUGAGACAGAAGAGCUUGUCCCACUGGCAUCCAAGAGGCGCAGAACCAAAG